UCUGCGGAGAGGAGUAGCCAAUCACUGAGACAAAGCUGGGAUGGAGCGCUAGGUGGCUACAUGCUGGCAUCAAACAGCGACAGGAAGUCCUGCCCCAGGAGGGAGAGGAGGGUCAGGACCCUGGAGCCCCGGGGGUCUAGAGGGCCCUUCUACUACAUCGGAGGAGCCAACGGGGCCAAGAUCGUGAGCCGGUACUGUGAAGACAAGGGCUGGCAGCGCAUUCACGACCAGCACAGGACAGACUACAAGCUCAAGUGGUGUGAGAUCAAGUCACGAGCCAACUACCACCACUUCAGAGAAGGGCACCAGCUUCUGUACCAGAUCCCCAACAACACGGUUCUGACCUCCAAGAUCGGACUACUCAGCAGCCUGCGGGCGUUUGAGCGCGUCUCCACCAAAGUCAACUUUCAGGGACUCAGGAGGCUGAAGAUGGAGCAAUUCUUCCCUGACACGUUUCGCCUGGACCUGAGCGAGGAGAGGGAGGCGUUCUUUGCUCAGCAGAACGGUGUGAAGGAUGGACAUCAGGGGGCAUGCGUGUGGAUCUGCAAGCCCACCGGGAUGAACCAGGGGAAGGGGAUCUUCCUCCUAAAGACCCCGGAAGACGUGGCCGGCCUCCGGCUGAGGCUGCAGCAGCAGCAGAGCAGCAAGAGCAACCGGGGGAGGGCAAACAUCCGGUCCCCACAGGCACACAUCGCUCAACGGUACGUCAACAACCCGUUACUGCUGGAGGGAAGGAAGUUCGAUGUGCGGUCCUACCUCCUCAUCGCCUGCACGGAUCCGUACAUCGUCUUCUUUCGCCAUGGUUACGCUCGAUUGACCUGUGACCCCUAUGACCCGAGAUCCAACAAUCUCACAGCCCACCUGACCAAUCAGUACAUGCAGAAGAAGAACCCGAUGUACAGCGUGCUGAAGGAGGACACCGUGUGGUCCAUGGAGAAAUUAAACGACUACGUCAACGACACAUACAGCGUUGCUAAGGGUCUGCCGAGGGAUUGGAUAACGGGCGACUUCACUAGCUCCAUGAAGCAGAUCAUGUUCCAGUGCUUCCUGGCAGUUAAAUCCAAGUUGGACCGCAAAUUAGGCCUGUUUGACCUGCUCGGUUGUGACUUCCUCAUUGACGAAGAGUUUAAGGUGUGGCUGUUGGAGAUGAACUGUAACCCCGCACUGACGACCAACUGUGGGGUCCUGCAGGACGUGGUUCCCAGCAUGCUGGGGGAGACGCUGGACAUCACUCUGGAGAUCUUCAGUAAGCGUCUGUGUGGACAGGAGAUCCUCCCGCUGAUCAGCCAGAGGCACUUUGUCCUGCUGUACAGCUCCCCAGAGCCCCUGACCCGGGCUUCAGGCCCUGGGGGUAGGAGAAGAACCCCGGGCGGAGUCCAACCGAGCAGUACAUCCAAACAGAACGCCACCACCACUGCCACCACCACCACCAACACCACCCCAGCCAUCCCCAACACAACCGCCCCAACCGCCACCAAGAGGCACGACCCCGCAGCCCCACGGAGACGCAGUCUGGGGAACACGAACAGAGUGAGGACCUCCUGCGUCUCUGGGACAGAAUCGGAGGAUGUCGGCAACCUGGAUACUUCAAAGUCAAAGUCAAAUCUCCCGGAGACGUCGUCUCCCUCUUCGACCGCUCGCCACGUCCCGUCCCCCAAUGACCCGUGCCCAAUGAUGGCACUCGAGGUGAACACGCUGUCAUUUCCACCGCAAGAGCUCACCGCCGCCUCCGGCCGGACAGAAACACUCUCCACGCACGUCUGCGGCCUUCCGCUCAAGUCCUCCCAUUCCCGGGUUGAACUGAGGCUGAACAAAUGUUUAUGGCCGCCGCCGGAGUAUUACAUCGCGGGGAAGAAGCGUAGGCCCAAGAGAGCGAACUUGGCGUCACUGCCGACAACGAGAGAGCUCGGUGAAGGGGCCGGUGGUUCAAAGGAGGAGAGGCCCGGGGGUGCACUGUCUAGCAGCAGCUUCAGGGCCCAACAAACCAUACCCUCCCCACAUCCCGGACGUCCCGUGUGGACAGGAAGUCAGGAGAAGGGGAACGAGGCCAGCGCGGGUGGCGGGAACACAGGUGGCUGUCUUCCCAAUGGGAACAAGAAGGGGGAGCUGCGAUUUUGGAUAUGCAAAUAG